GUUCGGUUCCUUUGCUCUCUUGCGGCGCUCACGCUGGCCCACGCGUGCAGAUGCAAGCACGGCACGCUUGACGGCACGACCUGAAGGCAAGAAGGGGGCAAGACCAGGGGCACCCAGGCGCACCCUUGUAAGACGGACCAGGGCCCGAGGCCCACCUCCCAAGAGUCCCAACCCUAUAAAUGACUUACGUAUGAGCCAUCACCGUCGCAUGGCUGCUCUGGACGCCGCUCUGCAAACCCGUCUUCUUGCAGCUCUCCACGCCUGUCCACACCCUGCCCCAGGCACUACGCGGCCCCACACCCCUUUCUCGGUGGCCCUACUCAAGCUGUACUGUUUUUCUGUUUACAACUGAAGGCUCUGCCCUUGUCCCGCUCAUGUGGUAACAUCUUCUUGCACUCGCUAAGAAGGCAUAAUGGCUGGUGUUGCGUCAGCCACAACACCAGCCGCUACAGAGAAUUGAGCUCAAGUUGGUGAAUAGAUAAAUGCUAUAAUUGUCUUGGAGGGCUGCACUCCAAGACAAUCCGGUGCAAAGGAGGGCAUGUUUGCAGCUGAGGGGGUGUCAAGUCGUGCCAGUGUCGAAGGACCUGCGGCGGGUGACAAGCGGCUCACUAGCAAAGUUACAGAUUAUAUCUGUUCCAGUCUAAUGAUACCGCUCACACGCAAUUUUUAUCAUUCAGAUUAUAAACAUCUUUCCUUGACUCGAACAAAGGUGGACUCGCGUACUUGCGGUGAUGUUAGUAUUCCCCAUCAAUAUCUAUCCAUAACAGCAACAUCAGCUUGACCUUGGCUUCGGGGCGAGCAUGGCUGAGCCCGGCGAGGACUCGUUGCCCGUCGACGGCUUGGCUGAAGUAAACGAGCAGCCCGCGUCUAACCCGGAGCAACAAGCAAUUGUCGACGUGGCGGCACCUGCGGAGUCUGCUCCGGACAGCGAUGGAGAUGGGGUUGCCGAGACUUCUGAACCAGCGGACGCGGACGAGCCUGCGCAGUCAGGCAGUGGUGAAGAGGCAGCAAUUGCAGAUGAAACAGGGUCAAAGCCUCCGGCCGAGGCUGUGGCAACGGGCACGCCUGAGACCAUGCCUGAGGAGCAGCCUGCUGAGGAGCAGGAACCGGAACUUCGAACGGACGCGCCAGCGGCCGACGCUGAGGCAACGGACGCGCCUGAGGAACAGCCUCAGGAGGCUUCUGCAACAGAAGCAGCGCCUGGGGCCGAAGCCGUUGAGGACGUAGGCGCGGCGGCAGCGUCAAACCAAGACGAGAAGUGUACGCCAGAAGGGCCAUGCAGCGCCGUACCUGACGGCGAGCCGCGGCAGGCCGACGCGGAGGCGCCUGUGCCUACACCUGCUGCUGCUGCUGCUGCUGCUGCUGCUGCUUCUGCAGCUGCAGACCAGCAGCUCGCAGGAAAGCCGACCACUGAUGCCGCUGAUGGUCUUACUGCUGAGCCAACGGACAGGGUGCCAGUGCCUGACCCCCAAGCUGUGGGGGCGCAGGAUGGUCCUGCUGGAGAGCAGGCGGACGCUGAGGGCGCGGCUAGCGGGGGGCCUCUAGCCGCGUCAGCCGAAGAGGCCGCAAAUGCUGGUCAUGCUGCUGGUCCUGAGGACAGGGCCGCUCUGGAGGCUGCAGCUGUGGCGGAGCUUGAUGCUGCAAGCGCAGGCGCAGGCGAUGCUGCGGCAGCCGAUGGGGCGGCAUGCGCCCCCGCCACCCCUGACUCACAAGCGGAGGACCAGCCUCAGCCGCAUGCCGUAGCAGAGGCUGUCACCGCCCCAGCUGCUGCACCUCCCGCUGCUCCAGGCUCGCGGACUAGCUCGGCGCGCUCAGCUCCUGUGGCCGCAACGGUUGCUGCGGCCGAGCCCGCUCCCCGACCGCCGUCUGCCACGCCACCAGCUGAGCCACGGCCGCAAUCGGGCUCGUCUCGCACCCUGCCUCCACCUGCCCCGCCGCCGUCACUGCCUCCCGCCUCCGCUGCCAGCAGCGGUGUGGCCCAGCUGCUGUCGGUGCACGGCCUGGACACGCACCGGCGCAACAACCUGGUGCUGCUGGACGAGGACACCGCCGCCAGCUGCAUCGCGGGGCAGCUGGUGCUGCUCAGCCUCAGCACCGGGGCGCGCAGGUACCUGCCAGGCCGCGAUGGCGGCGGCGUAGGCGCGGUGGCGGUGCACCCCAGCCGCACGCUGCUGGCGGUGGGCGAGAAGGCGCGGCCGGGGCCCGCCUCUGCCGGCCCCGCCGUCUACAUCUACUCCUACCCGGGGCUCGAGGUGGUCAAGGUGCUGCGCGGCGGCACGGAGCGGGCGUACUCGGCGCUGGCAUUUGACGGCGAGCGCGGCGACACGCUGGCGAGUGUGGGCCACUUCCCCGACUUCCUGCUGACGCUGUGGGACUGGCGGCAGGAGGCCAUUGUGCUGCGCGCCAAGGCGUUCAGCCAGGACGUGUACGGCGUGGCGUUCAGCCCCUACUUCGAGGGCCAGCUCACCACCUCAGGCCAGGGCCACAUCCGCUUUUGGCGCAUGGCCUCCACCUUCACCGGCCUCAAGCUGCAGGGCGCCAUCGGCAAGUUCGGCAAUGUGGAGCUGAGCGACGUGGCGGCGUUCGUGGAGCUGCCCGACGGCAAGGUGCUCAGCAGCACCGAGACCGGAGAGCUGCUGCUGUGGGAUGGGGGGCUGAUCAAGGUGGUGCUGACGCGCCCCGGCAGCCGGCCCUGCCACGACGGCCCCAUCGAAGCGCUGCUGCUGGACCGGCCCGCCGGCCGCGUGCUGAGCGCGGGCGCGGACGGUCGCGUGCGGAUGUGGGACUUUGGCGCCGUGAAUGACGCGGAGCCGCGCGAGGACAGCCACAGCCUGGAGCUGAGCCCGCUGGACGAGGUGGUGGUGGCGGAGGGCGCGGCGCUGAGUGCGCUGCUGGCGGACUCGGGCGGGCGGCGCUGGGUGGUGGCGGACAAGGCCGGCAACGUGUACACAGUGGCGCUGCCACCCGCCGGCCCAGUGGGAAAAGGCGCAGUGGUCACGCGCGUGGCCUCGCACCCCGCUGGCGCGGUGGCGGGCCUGCAGCUGUCCGCCCGCACCCACACCGCACUGGUGGCCUCCGCGGACGGCUGCCUGCGCGCGCUGGACUACGUGAGCGGCGCCGUGCUGGCGGAGGCGGCCACGCCUCAGCGCAUCACCGCCUUCACGCCGCUGCCGGCCGCCUCGCCCGCCUGCCCCGGCGGCGCCAUGACGGCCGCCACCGGCUACCGGGACGGAGUGGUGCGGCUGCACGCGCGCUGCGCCGAGGGCCUGGCGCUGGUGGGUGUGGCCAAGGCGCACAAGGGCGCGGUGGCGGCGCUGGCGGUGUCGGCUGACGGCGGGCGGCUGGUGAGCGCGGGCGAGGACGGCUCCGUGUUCUUCUUCGACCUCACGGCGCAGCCGCAGCCCGGGACCGGCGUGCCGGGCAUGCCCGCCUGCGGCCUGCUGGCGCCGCGGGCGUUCAUCAAAUUACCCUCGGGCAGCGGCACGGUCACGUGCGGCGUGUGGGAGGCGGCGGAGGGCGGCGGCGUGCUGCUGGGCACCAACCGCGGCACCAUCCUGAGUGUGCCGCUGCCGCCGCCGGACCUCAACACGCACCACUCGUACGAGUGGGCUGCCGGCACCUCCGCCGUCAGCUCCUACCAGCUGGUGGUGCCCAAGCCCAAGCGGCCCAAGAAGAAGAAGGGCAAGAACGACGGCGAGGAGGGCGACAAGGAGGGCGGCGAGCAGGAUGAGGGCCAGGGCGGCGAGGACAAGGGCGGCGAGCAGGCGGACGGCGAGGGCGGCAGCAAGGAGGGCGGCGAGGAAGGCCGGGCCGCGGAGGAAGAAGAGGAGGAGGAGGCGGAUGAUGAGGCGGACGGCGGCGCGGGCGGACCGUCCUCCACCACCGGCGAGCUCAUCUCGCUGACCCUGGCGCCCAAUGAGCCGGGGGCGCUGCUCGUGACGGCGGGCGGCGUGGGCCAUGCCGCACGCAAGGCGUGGCGUGUGCGGAUGGGCGAGCCGCUGGCCGCCCCGCUGCUGGAGGGCUUCGCCUCCGCGCCCGUCACCUGCCUGGCUCAUGCGGGGCCCGAGGGCCGCCUGGCGCUGCUGGGCAGUGGCGACGGCCUGGUGCGGCUGCAGGCGUUGGAGGAGCCCUUUGGGUCGGCGGCGCCCGGUGCGCUGCCGCUGUGGGAGGCGCCGCUGCACGACAUGCAGUCGGGCCGGGUGAGCGGCCUGGGGCUGUCGCACGACGGCGCCUACCUCGUCACCGCCGCGGCGGACGGCGCACUGCAUCUGCUGGCGCUGGCGCUGCCGCCUGAGCUGGCGCCGCCACCCACCACACAGCCCGGCGACGAGCCGCUGCCGGGGCCGGCGGCACUGCCGCUGCGGCCGCCCGACGUGCUGGCGGCGGCCGCCUACACGCUGGAGGAGGAGAAGCAGCAGGCCGAGCGCGACCAGCAGGUGCGCGAGGCGGAGGAGAAGAAGCUGAGUGUGCGGCAGCGGCUGGGCCUCAUACGCGCCGAGUUCGAGGCGUUGCUGGCGGAGAACGAGGCGGCUCCGGAGGCGCUGCGGCUGCCGCGUGCCGACCUGGAGGUGGACCCGGGGCUGCGGGCGCUCAUGGAGGCGGAGGCGCUGCGGCGCGAGGAGGUGGCGCGGCUGGAGCUGGCGUGGGAGAGCGAGCGGCAGCGGCUGGGCCUGGCCAAGCUGCGGCGCUACUUCCUGGACGGCCUGGAGUCGGAGCGCGUGGUGCUUCACUCGCUGCGGGGCAGCAGCACCGUCACCACCUUCCGCGUCGCCAAGCUGUCCGACGAGACGCGCGCCGAGCUGGCGGCCAUGCGGCAGGCGGCGAGGGCGGCCGCAGCUGCCUCUGCCGCGGCAGGCGGCGAGGGCGGUGCCGGGGGCCGUGACACAGACGCUCGGGGUAAGGGCAGUGAUACGGGAGGCGGCCCCGGCGGCGACGCUGCCGCCCGGGCGCGGCUGGCCGAGGCGACUGCAGCUCUGGAGGAGGGCACUGCCAGCGGCAAGCUGAACAAGGCCGACCUGCGGCGCCUGGCCCGCAAGCGGCGUGAGGCGGAGUGGGCGGCCUUCAACGGCACCCGCCCCGACGACACGUACGACAGCCCCGCCGACCUGGCGGCCAUUGAGGAGGCGCGCCGCACCAUUGGCGACUUUAAACUCAAGUCCGACCCCAACUACGUCGUGCCCGAGGAGGAGCGGCUGACGCCGCAGCGCAAGCGGCUGGCCAUGCUGGAGCUGGAGGAGGCGCUGCACGACAUCGCCGCCGCCUUCAACGCCAAGUUCUUCGCACUGCGGGACGUGAAGCGCAAGGUGCUGGCGGACGUGCGUGUCAAGCUGGCGGCGCUGGCGGAGCUGGCGGCGGCGGCGGGCGCAGCAACGGGCGGCGCGGACCCGGACGCCACCGCCGCCGCCUACCUGGCGCCCUUCUCCGGCCUGCCCAGCGGCCUGCUGCCGGAGGAGGAGCCGGCGGAGGCGCGGGAGGCGGUCACGGACGCCGACCUGGCGGCCUUUGCGGCGCGCAAGGCGGAGGACGAGCGCAAGGCCGCAGCAGCGGCAGCAGGCGGGCUUGGCGGCUUUGCAGGGGCCGCCGCCGGGCCCAAGAAGCCCGCGGCCGGGGGCGCAGCACCGGCUGGUGGCGCUCUUGCUGGCGGCGCAGCGGGUAGUGGCUCUGUCGCGCACGGCGCUGGCGGCCCCUCUGCAGGCGGCCAGCAGGGUCUGACGGCUGCGGAGGAGGCGCUUGCGAAGAUGAUGGCGGCAGUGCCUCAGAGCGAGCUGGAGAAGGGUCUGGCGGCCUACAACCGGAGGCGGGUGGAGCAUAUGCGCUCCAAGCUGAGCGAGGAGAUCACGGCCAUGCUGGAUGCCUUUGACGACGCGCACUCGGCACUCAAGGCGGAGAAGCUGGGCCUGGAGGCGGACGUGAAGGCGGGCCAGAUGCGGCUGCUGGUGGGGCUGCAGGAGCUGCAGCUGCUGCGCGAAUUCGACAAGCGCGAGAGCGUGCUGCUGGCCAAGCGCCAGGCCAAGCUUGACGACAAGCAGGAGAUCGUGGACAAGAUCGCCGAGUGCACCGACAAGCUAGAGACCAAGCGCCUGGAGCUGGAGGGGCUGGUGGCGCGGCGCGCGGCUGUGGUGGCGGAGCUGGACGCGGUGGUGCCCGAGUCCGACCCCUUCCGCGAGGCGCUGGUGCGUGUGUUCCACCGCCGCAUCAAGCGCAGCAAGAAGAAGGCGGGCGGCGGCGGCGGCGAGGACGACUACGACAGCGAGGAGGACGAGGAGGACGAGGACAUGGGCGACGACGAGGUAGACGAUGACGAUGACGGCGGUGAGGAGGUGUGCCCGCCCGGCUGCGACCAGUCGGUGUAUGAGCGCGUGUGUGACCUGCGCGAGAAGCGGCUGGACGAAGAGGACAUGAUCGCCGAGUUCACCAAGACCAUCGAGGUGCUGCGCAAGGAGAAGGAGGCGCUGGCCAAGAAGCAGCGGCUGGUGGAGCAGGGGCUGGCGGCCGUGAACGCCGACAUGGCGGAGUUCCAGAAGGAGAAGCAGGGCCGCCUCAACCAGGUGGAGGUCAUCGUGGCACUGAGAAUGCACCAGAUCGAGUACCUGCUGGACGGCUGCCUGCCGGACGACCUGUCCGCCUGCCUGGUGUUCAGCGCCAGCCAGCUGCGGCGGCUGCAGGCGCGUGUGGACGAGCUGGAGGAGGAGAAGGCGGGCCUGCGCGCCGCGCACAAGGAGCUGCGGCGGCAGCACGCGGCGCUGCUGCGCGACAAGGCCGACAAGGAGGCGCGUGUGGCGGAGCUGGAGGCGCGCGCGCACGACGUGCAAAUGCUCAAGUUCGGGCAGGUGAUUGACCUUGAGUUGCUGGACCGCGUCAGCAGCAGCCGCGGCACCGAGGAGCUGCGGGAGGACCUCAAGAAGCAGGAGCUGGCCUAUGCCCGCGAGCUGGCUGAGUGGGACGCCAAGAUCAACGCGCGCAUGGACGAGCUGGUGGUGCUGACGCGCGAGAACACCGCCUGCCUCAACGCCGUCAGCGAGCUCACCGCGGCGCAGCGGCGGCUGGAGAGCGGGCUGACCGCCACGCGCAAGGGCCUGUUUGCGGACCCGGUGCAGCAGCGGCGGGCGGAGGUGGAGGAGCGGGACGCGCUGGUGGCGCUGGUGAACGCGCAGGCGGCGGAGCUGGACCGGCUCAAGGGGCAGCUGCUGGCGCUGAGGCGCAAGGACACCAGCAUGUACGCCUAGUGGGGCGGCAGGUCGUAGUACGUCUGCUUGCCCGGGUCAGGACAGUAGCAGAAAGACGGUUUUGGGAAACGGACGUGUGCAAUGCACAUUAUUGCUAUACACUGCACGCUCCCACCAUUGCACAUACCGGUAUGUCACGAGGCCGCUGGAGCGGCGCCCACAGACAACCCUGUAACCCACAGCCAGU